CGGGAUGGUCACGUGGGUGCCGCCGCCUGCUCCCGGCGUGCACUGCGGGUAAACAGGAAUGGCGGAGGAGGAAGGAGAGGACGAUCCUGGUAUCAAUAACAUGGGGAACCAUCUGCAGCUUAUCCCGGAGAGCGAGGAGGAUGAUGAUAUGGAGAUGGAAGACCCUGAUGGAGGAGAAACCGAAUCACCAAAUAUCAUCAAUUUUGACACCAGUUUGCCGACAUCUCAUGCAUACUUGGGGGUCGAUAUGGAGGAGUUCCACGGUCGGACCCUGCAUGACGAUGACAGCUGCCAGAUGAUCCCUGUGUUACCGCACGUGCAGAUGAUGCUUAUACCUGGCCAGACGCUGCCGCUACACCUGUCCCGACCACAGGAAGUCAGCAUGGUGCGUGGCCUCAUCCAGAGGGACAGAACAUUUGCUGUGCUGGCCUACAGCGAUUCUGUUCGGAGAGAAGCUCGCUUCGGGACAACGGCUGAAAUCUACGCUUACCGAGAGGAGCAGGAAUAUGGGAUUGAGACGGUAAAAGUGAAAGCUGUCGGGAGGCAGAGAUUCCAAGUGCUGGAGACAAGAACUCAGACAGAUGGGAUACAACUGGCUCGGGUACAGAUCCUACCAGAGAGGGUCCUGCCGUGUCCUCUGACCUUUGUUCAGCUGGAUUCUCAUAGAGGACAUCAUGUUUUCCUACCGCGUAACUCAGUCAGUGGCCGGAGCCCGCAGAGUCCCUGCCAGUGGCUGUACAAAUAUCACAGGAGAAAGUUCUAUGGUGCCAAUCUGACGUCCUGGCCCUCUUGGCUCUACGCUCUGUACGAUGCUGAUUCGCUCAUGGAGAGAGUGAAGCUCCAGUUACAUGAGUGGGACGAGAAUCUCCGGGAUGACUCUCUGCCGGCCAAUCCUAUAGAUUUCUCGUACAGAGUGGCUGCGUGUCUGCCCAUCGAUGACGCACUGCGCAUCCAGCUCCUACAGAUUGGAAACGCCAUCCAGCGGCUGCGCUGUGAGUUGGACAUCAUGAGCAAAUGCACGUCUCUCUGCUGCAAGCACUGCCACGACACCGAGAUCACUACCAAGAAUGACAUUUUCAGUCUCUCUUUAUGUGGGCCAAUGGCUGCCUAUGUGAACCCUCACGGCUACGUACACGAGACCCUGACAGUCUACAAAGCCUUAAACCUGAGCCUGGUAGGACGCGCGUCUACUGAGAACAGCUGGUUUCCAGGGUAUGCUUGGACAAUUGCACAGUGCCGGGUAUGUGGGAGUCACAUGGGGUGGAAGUUUUCUGCUGUGCGGAAGGAUCUCUCCCCGCAGAGAUUUUGGGGCCUGACCCGUUCAGCUCUGAUGCCUCGAAUCCCAGUGCCAGAAGAUGAGGAUGAAAGACAGGAACAAUCCCCAAUUCUCUGCCUGUGACGUCAGGUCGGGGAGCAAUCUAUGUCACUGUCUGGCUUUGUCUCCUGUGGGCUUUGCCCCCCCGGAUAUCUUGUAGGAGGACUCUUGCCACCGCAGCCCCUGCAUGUUCCUCCAUAUCUGUUGGUUAGAGGAAGCCGUGUCCUCUCCUCUGUCAGGAUAGAGCAGAGGGUCAGCAAUUGCUGCUCUCAGAGACAUGAACCAAGAACGAGUCGGAAGGAACCCAUCCUGUCCGCAUCACAGGCUUCUAUCAGCGAUCCAGCCCCUCCAACCCCCAUCUGUCUGCAUCACAGGCUUCUAUCUUUGAUCUGGAACCCUCCACUCAUAAGAAACCUUCCUGUACACUUGUGGGUUUUCUACAUCCUUUAAAAAGCAGCAAACACCAAUCCGUUUCUCUCAAGACUGGGCUGGAUGCAACAGAACUACAGCUGAAAGAUACUCAAGGAGUAUAUUGACUACAUGUGCAAUGAAAAUCCACGCUUCGGUGUCAUUACCACUAGCGACGAGCGCAGACCCUGCCCCAGAGGAGAGAAGUGGUAAUAACAGCUGGACCCCUCUACCCCUUACAGCGCACUCUCCCCGCAACACUCGUUCCAGCACCUGUGGGGGGGAAGGGGGGGGGGUUGGGGGGCAAUAGUCUUGUAACUCUUGUAUCUCUGUUCACCGAGAAGUGAAUAUUGCACUGCAAGAAUAUUACUGUAUAGAACAUAGAAUAUAAUGAAUCUUAAACCUAAAAGGUGUAUCGCUA